AUGGCCAUCCUAGACACCAUUCGAGCCAAGCUGCAGAACACCACAGACCCUCAUUUACAAGCCCGUCUUCUGCUACAAUACAGCUCAGCUGCGGCCUCUCCAGGUGCCAAGACGGCAGCAGCCAUCGACUUCCUCUUCUCGUUCUUACAGCAGAAUCAGACAUCUCAGAGCGACGGGAAUCAGACCAAUGACGCCGGCAGCAACGGAGCCAUCGUCGUGGGCGCCAUUGUACGUGGCCUUAGACAACUGCUGGCUGUCAAGGCUGCUGUGGUGGAGCCUAUGAUCCAAGUGGACGCCAUGGGCGAGCAGCUCAUGCAGUGUAUGAGCGUUGGGGAGGACUUCAAGCUCCGUCGAGACAUGCUGCGCAUCGUUGUGGAUUGUCUCAUGCUCACCAAGAAGUUCAAGCAGGUGGAAACACUACUGCACACUUGUGUACAUGAUCACGACGCUGGAAUGCAGGCAAUUUGUCUCCGUGGAUAUCUGCGACUGCAUGAUGCCGGACGACGCUUUGCUGAGACGACUGCAGUGGACCAUUUCGACCGGUUGGCGGGCUUUGCGUUAUUUGCACCGAGUGAGGAGGUGAGAGUGCUGGCAGCUCAAGUGAUCGUGGCGCUCGCAGACCAACACUCGCACAAUGAAGUGGAGAACAGCAAAUUCUUCCCAUCGACGGCCAACCAGACGCUGUUUCUGCCGGAGAAGGCCUUCUAUGUGCUGUGUAUGGCUGGAGACGAUGCGUCGGAAGUGGUACGAGCGGAAGUAGCUCGCUGUCUGCGUCGCUUCUCCCGUGUGCUAGCUAGUGACGCCGUGGAGCACGCUGUUGUGAAGACAAAGAUCGAUGAAGCUGUGGUGGAUGUAGCGCCGGAGAUUGUGGAGAUGAAUACGCGUCGUAUGAUGUCGAGUGGAGUGUUGCUGUCACUUCUCGAGGAUAUCGAUGUGUAUGUGGCUGCUGAAGCCUCGCGUACUAUUGCCACAUUGGCUGAAAUGUCUAUAAAUCCUGACGCUGGUACUGCGCGGUGGAGUCAGCGAGCCUUGGAGCGUGCUAUCACUGCUCAUUUCGACGUUCUUCCACGUGCGAGUGCGUCGGAACUGCGUCAAAUGUUGGUGAGCUCCAUGCGGCGCUUACUGGUGUGUCGUCACAAGCUGGAAACGAAGACCGAUUUCACUCUUUCAAGCGCUGAUUUGAGCUCGUUGCUGCGCAGUGCUGUAGUCGAAGUGGACAGCGCUAACUCUAUUGUCAUCGAGAUCUUACUGGUGCUGCAGUACUGUGACUUGUCAAGUACUUGGGCUGUUCGUCGUCUUGUAGACUUCGUGUUGGAGACAGCAGUUUCCUCUUCGGUUCAGAGCUUUGCAGUGGACAACGAUGACGGCAACUCAGAUUGGUGGGAGAAGCAGUUUGUUGAUGCCGUACGAGAUCUCGGGAAGAAGUGUGUAGACGUGCUCAAGGCCGAUGGUGCCGUGUCAGACCGUGUGCGAAAAGAAACGGCACAGCGUUGCGACCAGCAGCAGCUCGUGAAAAAAGUAGCCCAAGCCUUACUUCCUCACGUUGACGCUGCAAGCGUAGAGUCCUGUAUUAAGCCUCCUCCUACUGGAUCUGGCCUAUUCUUUCUGAAGAGCUCACCCUCGGCACCGCUUCGUACGGACUCGCACACAUCCAGCGUGUCGUCUCAUGUGACGAGCUCUAUGGAUGUCCUGCGAAGACCCCCAAUAGAUGGAGACAUCGCUGUGUCUCUCAAAGCGAUCCAUCGCCUUCGCACGGCUUUUGCUCAGGAUGAAGUCGAUGUUUCUGUCCGCCUCGCAGAUGUUCUCGUUCGUCUACGCCAACAUGUCCAGUCGUUCCCUGACGCAUCAGCUGCGCCAGCCCCAACGCCACUCAAGUAUGUAUCCAUGUCGGCUAUGCUCAGCACGAGUCCAAGCGUAAGUUCCGGACACACAACCAGCAGUAGUCAAGACCACAAAGAAGCCGAAGCCUUUGCAAGUCUGCAGCUACCGAAGGGUCUACAAAAAGGCUGCCAGGAGAUGCUUCACCAAGCAUCCGACAUCUAUGUGAAGGCUUUCGCUUUGAGUGCAUCUCCACGCACAGAGUUGCUACAGCUGAUAUUGCUCGGACGUAUGGGACUCGUGCUCGCGUUGUUGCAAAACUCCAAUGACAGUCUGCUUGUCAUUGAAAAGCUGCGGUGGAUAGCCAAGGAAGCCACUCGGUUGCGCUUCCUGGUCGAUGACAGUCAACGCAAAGACGAUGUUUGGUUGCCGACUCAGUUGCUCUCCGACGUUAGCUCCCUGAACGAUCUGAAGCGUGUGUUCGUCGCGAGUGUCCGUCAGGCGUGGCCCAGCGCACUCAUCGAGGCUGCGAUAGCUCGUUGUACACCUGCAACUAGCGGAUCUGGCGUCCAGUAUCGUCCUCUAUCUACGGCCCAUGCAUCGAUCCUGGAACCGACUACAAGUGUCACUGCCAAGCCGGAGCCUCGAGAGAUUACAGCGAAUUGGCCAUUUGAGCAGCGCGUACGCUUUGUGUUGACAAACGCGCGGGGCAUCACACAGAUAUACGUCAAGAGCGUGCUCCCCAAUGGCGACGUGGCUUACCAUCAUGUACCAGCAAGUUGUAUCCGUACUCAAGGCGCAAGAAAGCAUUUGGUUGACCACACUAUCACGCUGACUGUGUUGCCGUUCUCGGACCCAACAGCGUUCACGGUAGCAGCGUGUCUGGGUCAGCCACCGCUCCCCGGAAGUAUUAAGCCAAGCACCUCUGGAGAGACCAGUUCUCACCUGUUCAUCGAGAUAUCGAACGCUGUUCGUGUGCCCAUUUCUCACCGUACAAGCUCCACGCUGAGGCAUGCAGCUGCCAAGGCUUAG